AUGGAUGUCCGCUCGGAAUCCUCUCAGGCUAUUCACCUGCACAUGUGUUUGCUAGCAAUGAAUAAGUCUUUUCAUGUUUCUAUAAUCUAUGGUGAGCAUACAUUUACUGCUCGCCGGUCCCUAUGGACUGAUCUUGUUCAGACCAAUAUGGUUGUUUCUAAUGAGCCUUGGCUGGUUGCUGGGGACUUCAAUGCCAUCCGUGAUCACUCGGAUAGAAUGGGCAACUCUAAUGAAUGGAUUCCAGCAUUUGAUGAACUUGCUUUGUGUCUAGACCAAGCUGGGUUGGAUGAUCUUAAAUAUGUUGGCCAUCGCUUUACUUGGUCAACAUCUUCUGGUGCCUCCCGCAAACAAAGGAAGAUUGAUAGAGUCCUUGUUAAUGAUCAGUGGACCAGCACCUUCUCCUAUUCGGAGGCUACUUUUUUGGCUCCAGGGGUGUCCGACGACACUCCUAUGAUCGUUCGAAUUAUGCUUCCCUCUCCGUUCAGGAAGCCUUUCAAGUUCUUUAAUUGUUGGGUGUCUCACCCUUCAUUUCUGCCUAUUGUCACUCAGACAUGGGGCUCCCGGAUCACUGGAACUCAUAUGGACCCCUUAAACCUGUCUCUGGCUGCUCUGGAGAAGGAUCAGCUCCAUGACUUCGCAUCUCUUAGGAUCCAGGAGGAAUCGUUCUUUAAACAGAAAUCCAGGAUCAAUUGGCUAAAAGAAGGUGACCGCAAUACCAAGUAUUUCCACCAUUUUGUCAACAGAAGACAUAUCCUAAAUCGUAUAAUCUCGGUUUUGGAUGACAAUGGAUCUAUCCUUACUGAACCGACACUUGUCCACAAUCAUAUUGUCAAUCAUUUUCAGGAUUUACUUACUUCCAGCUCUUCACUUGAUCUGUCUUCAUCGCUGGAUAUCCAGGGCGUAAUUGGCCGGUCUCUUAAUGAGGACCAGGAGACCAAUGCCACCAUCCUUACACUUGUGCCUAAGGUUCCCAAUGCAUUGGCUUUGAAUGACUUUAGGCCUAUUGCAUGUUGUAAUACGAUUUACAAGUGCAUCACCAAGAUAUUGGCUAACAGAAUUGCAUCUGUUCUGCCUUCGAUCAUUAGCCCCCCGCAGAAUGCAUUCGUCAAAAAGCGGAGAAUAGGUGACAACAUACUUAUUGCCCAAGAACUUUUUGCCGGUUUCCAUCACCAACCUUAUCUGGCCAAAUGCGCUAUCAAGCUGACCUUGCAAGUAUUUGGCUUUCCCCAAGUGUUUAUCAAGCUUCUUAUGGAGUGCGUGACUACCCCGAAGUUCUCGGUUGCCAUCAAUGGGACUCUCCAUGGUUUUUUCUCUAGUGGUAGAGGCAUUCGUCAAGGGGACCCCAUAUCUCCCUACCUAUUUACCCUAGUCAUGGAAGUCUUCACCGGUAUUCUCAAUGCUCACACUCAGCUCCCAGGCUUUAAAUUCUUCUGGCGAUGUAAGACAACCAGACUCACUCAUUUGUUUUUUGCCGAUGAUGUCCUCUUAUUCGCGGAAGCAAAUCUGGUUUCGACCACACUAUUGAAGGACGCCCUGGACCAGUUCUCUCGGUGGUCUGGCCUCAAGCCAAAUGUCAAUAAGAGUGAAAUUUUUUUCUCGGGAGGGACACCCCAACUGUGGGACAAGAUAUUGCAUUCUUUCGGAUACCUUGAAGGACACUUGUCUGGAAUCUUCUCUAUUACCUCGGCUUGGGAAUUGGUACGGGCAAGAGGACAAGCGGUCUACUGGGAUUCUUUCAUCUGGGACUGUCAUAUUGCACCGCGCCACGGCUUUUUGAUGUGGUUGAUGGCCCUUAAUAGGCUUCCCACACAGAAUCUCAGGUGGGGUGUUCGUUUCAUUGGUGGAGAUAGCUUUCAUCAACGUAUCUCUCGGUUUGCUCUUGGGGCAUUGUGCCACCUCAUCUGGAUUGAACGGAAUAAUAUUCUCUUCAGGAAUGGCACCCAUUUUAUGCCUGCUCUCCGCAACCAUCUUGCCAAGGUAGUUAGAGACAAAGGCCUUUCUUUCAAGCCGGUCCAAGACAAUCCUCAGAAUAGAAGGAUUCAAGCCGGUUGGGGCAUAUCUGACUCCAUUUUCAGCUGA